AUGAACUUGAACAAGUUCAACCCCUUCGCUGCCGAAGCGGAUUCUCUUCCCCACGAAGUACUCGUGUUCUACAAAGACGAGCAUGGCUUGCUUGUUCCAUACCCUCCUGCUCUUCAUCGCGUUGUCUCAGCCGAGGAGUACCGCAAAGAGAUGACAAGGGACAGCACCACCACGCUCUUUGAGCGUCUUCUUGCUGCUGCCAUUAUGACCUUCUUCAGCUGUUUCAUCACUGCUUAUAUCGCCUCCUUUCUCAUCCAGCCUUGCUCCGCUCAUGGUACUGUCAACCAGGCUUUUGCGAUUGCUGCUCGCCAAGACUACUCUCUCAACAAUGCCAUGAACCUUGCCCACUGCCACAUUCACCUUGAGAAGCGCGGCUUCGUUGAUGAGGCCGUCUACCGCCGUGUUCAACUCGCCAAGAAUCUUCAGCGCCUGGGUAUCACCGGCAUCACCGAUGAUAGUGUCAACUGGACCACUCCUGAUGAGACCAUCUUCGCCACUCAUGAUGAUGGCUGUGUUUUGAGUGUCGAGACUACGGAGGGACCUUUCUACGUUGAGGGAGAGCUCGACCGCUUUGAUCUCACCGAUGGCCAGUCUGGCAUUCCCAUGUACUUGGACCUCCAGAUCAUCGACACGGAGACCUGCGAGCCUGUCCCUGACAUCUGGGUCGAAGUCUGGCGCAAGUCCACACCUGAUCUAUCCCCAAAGAACCCCUAUCAAACUAACCUCCAAUGCACAGACACCAACUCCACUGGCAUCUACUCGGGCGUCGUCUCCGAGGCCAACGGCGCAGGCGAAGGCGACCCCUCCAACGACAAGACAACCUUCCACCGCGGCCUCCGUAAGACCAACGCCAACGGCGCCGUCUGGUUCGGCACCAACCUGCCGGGCCACUACUCGGGCCGCACCCCGCACGUCCACAUCAUGACCCACGCCGCCGGCGCCGAGGCUCUGCCCAACGGUACCGUCCAGGACAAUGUCGCCACCCACGCCGGCCAGCUCUUUCUCGACCAGAAGCUGGUUGAUGCAUUCCGCAAGAACGAGCGCUACGCCGACAACGAUCAGAACUUUAUCGAGAACGAGCGGGACCUGUAUUUUCGGCAGGACGCGGACUUUACGGACCCCGUCAUGAGCUACGUUCUGCUCGAUCACAAGGGUCGCGAUAUUGAGAAGGGUGUCUUGGCUUGGAAGCUUGUGGGCGUGAACAUGACCAAUGUUCGCGAGAUCCAUGUGGCCAACAAGUUGGAGGGUUAG